CAACUCCCACAAGGCACCGCGCCAGCCCUGACCCCAGGCGCUCGUGUGUGCGGAGUCCCCCGUUGCCAAGGAGAAGGCAGUGUCACAGACAGGCACGGGGCGAGGAGCAGCCGCGCGAUCACAACAAACGUCGCCGCUGCCUGGCUGCACAGGCACUGGGAGCCGGAACCGGGCGCACGAGGUAUCAACAUGGAACGUUGUUCUGCAUUAAACGUGCGCGCUCUUGGGAUUGCAUAAUUGAGAGAAAUGGCCCCUUCUCCAAGAGGACACCCCGGCAGCUGGCAUCGCAUCUUUGUGUGAAGUGUGGCAGUCGUUGUCUUUGAUUUAUGACACUUCCAAGGCCUUCUGCUCUGGCCAACUGGGUAUCUGGACACUGAUCAGGGGUUGUUUGUGUCAAGCCAUGAAUCGCUACACAGCCCUGAAGCAGCUGGGAGAUGGUACGUAUGGUAGCGUGCUCAUGGGCAAGAGCAACGAUUCUGGAGAGCUGGUUGCUAUCAAGAGGAUGAAGAGAAAGUUUUACUCGUGGGAGGAGUGCAUGAACCUGCGAGAAGUCAAGUCACUGAAGAAGCUGAAUCAUGCAAAUGUCAUUAAAUUAAAGGAGGUGAUCAGGGAAAAUGACCAUUUGUACUUUGUUUUUGAAUAUAUGAAAGAAAAUCUGUAUCAGCUUAUGAAGGACCGAAACAAGUUGUUCCCCGAGUCUGUCAUCAGAAAUAUAAUAUAUCAGAUAUUACAAGGGCUGUCUUUUAUCCAUAAGCAUGGAUUUUUCCAUCGUGAUAUGAAACCUGAAAACUUGCUUUGUAUGGGCCCCGAGCUGGUAAAGAUUGCAGACUUUGGAUUAGCAAGGGAAAUCCGGUCACGUCCUCCAUACACAGACUAUGUGUCCACUAGAUGUCCAGAGCCUGCCCCCCGGGCACAGGCCCAGAGCAGGGCCAGCCUCCAGCCCCUGCAGCAGAACCAGCUUCCACAGCCGGCACCCAGCAAGACGGGGCUGCCGAAGGACACUUCCAGACAGGACCCACCAUAUCUGCCCACGGUCAACCACAGCUCCCCGCCGAAACCACCCGCUGUGGGGAAUGAAAACUCCAAUCUAAUGGGAAUCAAGAGUGGGCGAAGACGAUGGGGCCAGACUGCGUUAAAAGCCUCAGACAGCUGGGAUGAUUUCGAUGACUCGGACAUUGGUGUCUCUUUCUCCAAGAAGCCCAGCAUAGGAUCGAUAAAGGAAAAACAGAAUGACGACUCCUUCUUUCGGUCUACAGAACAAAAGCCUGUCAAUACAUAUGGUGCCGCAAACAGAAUACCUUCCAAUACCAUGGUAAAUCGGAUUGACACAGGACUUUCAAACUCAGCUUCAGCAAGACAGCACUACUUACGCCAGUCCAGAUAUCUUCCUGGGGUAAAUCCUAAGAAUACAUCUUUAAUUGCAAAUAAGGAUCCAUCCAGAGAUUUGUGGGGCAAUGCUUCUUCUUUAAUAAAUAAACCACUGGGGCCUAUUGGAUCAGGCCUGUCCAUCACCAGAGUCAAUGCAGAAGAUAGUCUGUCUAAACCCACUGAUAAAGCAUCUCUAAAAGAAAAGACCCUUGAAAAAUUAGAGGAACACAAAGGAACAUUUAUAGGUUCCAAC